AUGGGUGUCGAGACGAAUUGCCGCUUGCUCGAGGCCGAUUGUCAUGACAUGCCGCUAGAGGACGCUUCAAAGGAUGCUGCUUACGCGAUUUAUUCCCUCAAAUAUUUCCCACAGCUCGAAGGUGUAGUGAAAGAGGUGGCACGGAUACUAAAGCCAGGCGGGAAAUUUUUAGUGUAUGAUUUAAUCCAAACAGAAAAAUACGAUGAGAAGAACGAGGAACACGUCGAGAUUGUUGAGGGUUUGGAGUAUGCGUGUGGAAUGCCUUCGCUGCACACUCGAAACGACUUGCUGAGCGCAGCAGAAAGAUAUGAUUUGAUACUUGAAGAAGAAGAGGAUUUAGCCGUUACAAAUGGGAAUGCUUUCCACUACUGUUUCUCACACUCGCCUCUCUUUAUGUGGCUCAUUGGAAGCCCGUUCAUAAGAAAUCUCAUCAGUAUCGGGCAAAGAUUGCGGAUUUUGCCGAAAGGUUUCCACAAAUUCAAUGCAAUAUUUCUUUCUGGUACCGUACAGAAAAUCGUUAACGGUGGACGCUUGGGAAUUCUAUCCGGAUCGAAGAUUUUCGUGUUUAAGAAGAAAUAG